UGUUUGUUUGUUUAAUAGCAAAUUUCUUAUUUAUGCCUGCCUGCUGCUUUUUUCUGUGUUGCUCUCUCUACGUCUGGAUGACAAAAUUCAGUGGAGUUACUGGGCCGUAUUUGCUCCAAUAUGGCUGUGGAAGUUAAUGGUGAUUGUUGGUGCCUCAGUGGGAACAGGAGUAUGGGCCCGAAACCCGCAGUAUCGAGCAGAAGGAGAAACCUGCGUGGAGUUCAAAGCUAUGUUGAUUGCAGUAGGCAUCCACCUGCUACUGCUGAUGUUUGAAGUUCUGGUGUGUGACAGGAUCGAAAGAGGAACCCAUUUCUGGCUUCUGGUCUUCAUGCCCUUAUUCUUUGUAUCUCCAGUGUCAGUUGCAGCUUGUGUGUGGGGAUUCCGACAUGACAGGUCUCUGGAGCUGGAAAUCUUGUGUUCUGUCAAUAUUCUACAGUUCAUAUUUAUUGCACUCAGACUAGAUGAGAUCAUCAGAUGGCCAUGGCUUGUGGUUUGUGUUCCACUGUGGAUCCUGAUGUCAUUUUUGUGCCUAGUGGUGCUCUAUUACAUUGUAUGGUCUGUUCUGUUCUUGCGCUCUAUGGAUGUGAUUGCUGAGCAAAGGAGGACGCACAUCACAAUGGCUGUGAGCUGGAUGACAAUUGUAGUUCCACUGCUCACAUUUGAGAUCUUACUAGUACAUCGACUGGAUGGGCACAAUUCUUUUUCUUUUAUACCCAUAUUUGUUCCUCUCUGGCUUUCACUGAUAACUUUAAUGGCAACAACAUUUGGACAGAAAGGAGGAAAUCACUGGUGGUUUGGAAUUCGUAAAGAUUUUUGCCAGUUCCUGCUUGAAAUUUUCCCAUUCUUACGAGAAUAUGGCAAUAUUUCUUACGAUCUUCAUCAUGAAGAUAAUGAGGAAACGGAAGAAACACCACUGCCUGAACCACCAAAAAUUGCACCAAUGUUUCGAAAAAAGACUGGAGUGGUCAUUACACAGAGCCCUGGAAAAUACGUGAUUCCACCUCCCAAACUGAACAUUGAUAUGCCAGAUUAAAAUGACAGUAGCAUAUUAAACUUGAACUGGCAAUCAACAGACAAAUGUAUUUCAUCUCAUGCCUUGUCCCAAUUACUUUAAAACAGGUAUGGCUGAAUCAGUGGCUUGGAUUACACAAAUUGGAGAUCUUGAAGAUAAUCUGAGAGUUUUUCCAGAGAUAUGUGGUGGUCUAAUUUGUGAACCUUCCUAACGGGUUGGUUGCACAUUCGCCUGUAUAGUAUUUAUAUGAACAUUUUAGCAGUGUAAUAUAUUGUGUAAAAGUCUUGUCCUGUACAGUAUAAGUAUUAUCUAAAAGUAUUUUUUUAAAAACCCUGUACGAAAUGCCUAUGCUAUUCCAGGUGUCUUUUAGGUCCUAAAUAUACACUUGACUUCCAUGUGUGUUUUAGAUGCUUUUUUGGAGAUGCCUUAGUAUAGUACCUCUUUACUACUUUUCCUGUUCAGCUACAAUCAUUGUCUUAACCACAGAGGCACAGGAGUGUUGCACUUCUCAGGCAAGACUGGAAAGCUUUUUGG